CUGUUUCUGGUUAUUUCGUUAUAAUGAUUGAAGCCUUUGUCAUUUGCUUUGCUGGAGAAUAUCUUAGUUUAAAGGGUAAAUUAAUCGCCAACGCAAUAUACGAAUCGCUGUGGUACGAUAUGCCGUCAAAUAAAAAUAAAAUUAUAGUAUUUAUAAUAAUGAGGUCUCAAAAACGAUUGACGAUUACGGCAGGAAAAAUGAUGGAUAUGUCAUUAGAAACAUUUACUCGUAUUAUGAAGGCGUCAGCAUCAGUCAUUUAUCAACUCUUGGCUGCUAUGGACAAUGAUUGGCAUGAAUGCGUUGAUAUUGAUCAGCAUUUGUAUAUGAUGACAAUCAAAGCCAAUACAUCGCAUUUUUAUGCUAAUGUUAUGACUAGUAUUUAUAUAAUUGUUGGGGUGUUUUAUCUUUUAAGCGGUUAUGUAGUUCGUUUUGUAUAUGAAAUCGAAGAUUACAAUAAUACCUUGCGGGAAUUUCCUAUCAAGGUGCUUCAUGUAAGUGGACAAAUCGAUAUAUUAUGUCAAGAAUUCAAAACUAUUUCUGCGAAAGUUCUUCCUGAUAAGACUUCCACAUCUACAUUAGGUGUACUGAUUGAGAGACACAACAGAGUCUUUUGGUUUUCUGACAACAUCGAAACACUUUUCUCCUUUAUUGCCUUGAUGCAAGUUAUUUGGAAUACUCUAGUUAUUUGCAGCUUAGGAUUUAUUAUUAUAAUUUCGUUUUAUAUUGAGACUGGUGUCACAACAAUAUUAAAAUCCAUUUUUGCUUAUCUUGCUGUGAUAUUAGAAGUUUUCAUCUUAUGUUUUGCUGGAGAAUAUCUCAAUCUAAAGAGUAAAUCAAUUGCUGAUGCAGCAUACGAGUCAUUUUGGUAUGAUUUACCGUUAAAUCAAAGGAAAAUUUUGAUGUUCAUAAUAAUGAGAUCUCAAAAACAACUCAUGAUCACGGCAGGGAGAAUCACAAGUUUAUCUUUAACCACAUUUACAAGUAUCAUAAAAGCAUCAGCAUCGUACGUAUCUGUCUUACAUGCAAUGUAUUAA